AUGCCACGUCGGUCUGCGCGCCAGUCGACGGUCAAGGUGGAAGAGGUGAUGCCAGAAAGCCAAAAAGCCGAUCGCGAUUCCCCUUCGCGAACAGCCAGCUCAUCCACUACGGCAGCGCCCAUGCGGGGCAAGAAGCGCGGCGCGAAGAAGGUGGAUGAGGUGAACGAUACGCAGCAGCAGCAGCAGCAUCGGGCAUCCAAGCGUCCCAAGAGGUCAGCAAAAGCCGAGGAGGUGAAGAUGGAGUGGGAUGUUGCAGCAGCUGAAAUGCGGUCCAUUCGCAAUGGAUGUGCCAAGAAGGGGCACAAGGCCGUUCAGGAUGAUGCAGCAGAAUCAUCGCCAAGUCCGGCGGCAGAGGAAGAGCCGUGCGAAGCGAAGGUCUCAGACGCACAAGGCCAAUUAUCAGCAGGUCCUGGUGCGAAGAAGAAGCGCACGUCGAAAUCUUCUGCUGGGGCGCAGCAGCGGGGGCAACAGGCGGAUGCUGCGCGAGUUCAGGGGAGCAAGUAUCACGUCGGAGCGCACAUUUCCAUGGCAGGAGGGAUCGAGAACAGCGUCAAGAAUGCAUUGAACAUCGGAGGCAAUGCGUUUGCGCUGUUUGUCAGGCCCAAAAUGGCUUGGGCUAGCAAACCCAUAGCGGAGGUCAAUGUGCAAGCUUUCAAAUGCGCGGUGGUGCAAAACGAUUAUGCGGCUCGCGUAUUGCCUCAUGGAUGUUACCUCACCAACCUGGCCAAUCCGGACGAGGAGAAGAGGCGGAAAUCGUUCGAGUGUUUCGUGGAUGACCUGCAACGAUGCGCGCUUUUGGGCAUAGAUAGGUUCAAUUUUCAUCCGGGCAGCACAGUGGGGGAAUGCAGCAUGGAGGAGGGAUGCGCUUCGAUUGCGCAGUGCAUCAACAGAGCGCAUGAACAAGUCAAAGACUGUCCAAGGAUACUUUUGGAGAACAUGGCAGGGUCGGGAAAUGUCAUUGGCAAGAGCUGGACGGAGCUGGGUCAGGUCAUAGGUGAGGCAAACAAGAAUUAUUUUUGGGCACCCGCAAGUAGCAGGCGCCGCGCCGCGGCAUGUUUUGCGUCUGACUCGCUGCGAGCCGCUCCAUCGCGUUGCCCGUCCCCCACCCCCAUCUUCGCCAGCGUUGGUGGUUGACAAGUCAAAAGUGGGCGUCUGUCUGGACUUGUGCCACGCCUUUGCCGCGGGCUACGACAUUUCUCACGCAGCAGGUUUCGACGCGAUGCUGGAAGAGCUGGACGCCAAUGUGGGCCAAGAGUAUCUGCAGGGAAUCCACAUCAACGACUCUAAAGGUGAGAGAGGUGCGACUAAAGCGCGUCUGUCGUGCUCGUAGAUGUGUGAGCGUGCUUUCCUCUUUGGUAACACGCCCAUCAAUCAUCCUCAGGCGCCCUGGGCUCGCACAAGGACAGACACGAUAAUGUGGGAGCUGGAAUGCUUGGUCUGUGAGCAGAGCGCACGCAGUUUCGGAUAACAGUCGAACGGCGUAUCUCUUCCCAUCUGACCGUGCGAAAGACUUUUGCGCACUUCUCUUCUGCCCCUCUUCGCGUGCUCAGCUAUCCAUUUUGGAGGAUCAUGAACGAUGUGCGCUUUCAAGGGAUGCCGAUGGUGCUGGAAACGCCAGGAGAAGAGGGUGUGAUGCAUCAAGUAUGGUCGCGCGAGGUGGAAGCUCUGUAUUGUUUGUCCGGCACGCUCUAUGAGGACGACGUACGCUCCCGCUCGAACAAGACCAUCAAGGCCAAGCACGAGCUGAAAGGGCAACAAAUCUCGGAAGGAUGGCAAAGGGCGAGAGAGUUGAUGCGGCAGGUCCAAGAGCUCAGACUCCAAGGGGCCAAGGCAGAAGAGGAGAAGAAGCAGAGGAGCCAAGCAAACAAGACUUUGGCCAAAGCGAAAGCCAGAGCCAAGGUCGACGUGUGCAGCGUCGAGGAUCCUGACGUUGACGAAGAGGAGGAGAAGGAGGAGGACAAGAGUAACAAGAAUGUCGAGCAGAUCGGAGCGAACAAGAAGCGCGCGAAAGCUGCCACAUACCAGCGACACGCUGCUCCUUUUGCGCAGCAAACGGCCCCAAAGGUCAGCACUGCUGGCGAGAGCGCACUUGUCGAGAAUGAACGAGGAGCGGGCAGGAAGUCAAGGGGGAGGGCUUUGUCGAAAGGCUAG